AUGGAGAGGGAGAGGAAAAGUCUGAAUGCUGUAUUUCAGUCGAGGGAUAAGACCUAUGUCUUUUUGUGGACCUACAGCCAGUUCCAGCAGGAGCAGACAGAGUGGGAUGCAGUUAAUCGACUUCUGCAGCAUCAUGGCUUUAAGCCUGUUCACUUUGCAGACCCUACUGAGAACAAGAACCUAGCAGAUCUAGUUCUUUUGGAGAGGAGCUCUUCUGCUGAUAUCAGAGGAACGCUAAAGACGAUGCUGACAGACUCAGAGAGAAGACAAGCCCUCAUUCAAGAGCUCAUACAGUCCAACAGCCAGCUCAAAGAGGAGGUCCAGGAGCAUCAGGCCAGGGCAGUACGACAUUCCCAAAGGGCUGCUGAGCUGGAGGGGGUUCUGGAUGGAGUAAAGGCCAAAGUUCAGGACCUGGAAGACAGCUACAUCAGCAAGGCAGCGCAGCAACAUAACCAGUUCCAACAGCUACAGCAGGACAAGAGAGAUGCAGAGAAGCGAUGCCAGGCGCUGGAGCAGAAGCUUUCUCAGGAAAAGGAGACGGUCUCUCAGCUGCAGAAAAAGCUGUAUUUCGCAGUGAAAGAGGAGGAACGGCGGGUGGCCCGGCAGAACCAAGCCUUUCAGCUCAUUCACAAAAGAUCCACGCGGCCUCAGUCCCCUGUAGAUCAGCAGAUUUUAGAUGUCAUUGAUGUCUAUGAAUCCCAGUUACAACAGCUACGUAAUGAACUAAAGGCUCAGCAGACCAACUCUGGGGAGAAUGGAUCUUCAGACUCCCAGAGGAACAGAAAGUCUCUGGACAAAAGCAGCGUGGACACAUCCUCCAAUUACAAGGCCUUGCUAAAGUCGUACCAAGAGCAGCUGAAAGAGACCAAAUCCCAAAGAGAGGAGCUCAGGGCAGAGAUCCAGCGGCUGAAACAGGAUCUGGAAUCCAGACCCACGGUGAAGGAACUGAAGUCUUACAAACAACAGCUAAAGCGAAUGGACCGAAUCAUCCAGCAGAGUAGCCUCAAGUCUGCUCUGGGGAUGAGAGCAGAGGAGGGUAGAGAGGCAGCUAACACGGAUGUAAACAACAUUGAACACAUGCCAGCCGGCGUCUGUCGGAAAUACCUCAAGGAUGCUUGUAAAGAAUUAAAGGUGCAUGAUGUCACUGAUCUCAUGUCAGCUCUGAAGGCUCGAGGGAGAGAGGCAGAUGCUGCCAUUAGACUAGAGAAGAUCCUCAACGACAUCAUCUCAGUGCUGACCAGUCCCAGGGCUCCUUUGGGGCUUCUAAGGUGGAGACCUGGUCAUCAGUCCUCCAGAGAGCUUUCACAACAUGUGGAGUUUGAACACAUACAGCCGACUUUAGAAGUGUGGGCAGAGCAGCUUGGAUCUCUAGAGGAUGUUCACCGUGCACUGAGCAAACUGAUGAAGAGGUUGUUGCCAUGGCAGCCAGAGAGCAGUUAUAACACCUCUCCAGACGGUGUCAAAGUGCAGGAUGUGAUGCUCAUGCUGGAAACUCUGCUGGAAGAGACGGGAGAAGAAGAUAAGGUAGUCCUGUCUGAUAAAGCCACCCAAGUGUUGAGGAGUCCUACCAAGCACACCCUGCAGUCCAUGGUGUCCCACUUCCAGAAGCUGUUUGACGCACCUACUCUGAGAGGAGUUUACCCGCGCAUGAACGAGGUCUAUACCAGACUGGGGGAGAUGACCAACGCCAUGAGGAACCUAAGAGAUGUGUUAGAGAUGGAUGAUCGAGCUUCCCCCAGCGAAGUGGUCAACCAGGUGGCCAGAGUUGUGUCUUCGUGUGGACCUGUGGCAGGCCAAGCGCUGCAGAGCCUGUUGGAAACCAGUGACAUAGACAGCAUCAUUGUUAAGCUGAGGGAGCAUGAGGAAUUCUUUCCAGCAUUUCAUGCUUUGGUUCUGGACCUGCUACAGAUUCUAGAUGUCCAGUGCCUUGAUGACAUUGUACCAGCAGUGAAAUCCCUGAAAUCCUCAUCACAGUGA